AUGAGACCAUUUGAUUCCUACCCGGCGGCGUUUUACGGUUUGCCAAAGAUAUACAAGAUCCUAGCUUUAGUGGAGCAAAAUGAUCAUUUUACAAUAGAAGCAGACACAGAAGUUCCUCUUAGACCAAUAAAUAGUGUAAUUGGGCCUCCAACGUAUGAAAUCUCCAAAUAUUUGGCACGCAUUCUAAAAUACUUGUACAAUGAUGUUUACACAGUUAGGAACUCUAAAGGAUUUGCCAGUUUUAUUUUCAAUCAAAAUAUUGAACCUAAUGAGCGUAUCGUCUCAUUCGACGUAACAUCUUUAUUUACAUCUAUCCCCGUUGAUUUGGCACUUCAGAUUGUUAAGCAAGAGCUAAAUAAUACAACGAUUUGGACACAACAUACUGGCUUAUCUGCAGAUCAUAUCUAUGUUUUGCUAAAAUUUGUUUUGAACAACAGUUAUUUCAUGUAUGAGGAUUGUCAUUAUUAUCAAAUAUUUGGAUGUCCCAAGGGUUCGCCAGUGGGUGCG